AUGCCCUAUCCAUCAGCACAACCAAGACAUCCAAAAAUGCAAGCUAUUUACCAACAACCAGGCGAAGUUAACCAAUCUUCCGGAUCAUUCCUAGCAUCUGCUCCUGUGGAGCUCUUGACCGUGAAGGGAUACGAAGAGUUCCUCGACAAACAGAAGAAGCUGCGGAUUGACGUUUCAACUGUGAUGAGCGAGGACAAGAGCUGUGCCUACGUCAUGAAGGGAAACGAAGUAGUUGCGACAGUUGCAGGGGAGGCAUUGGAACACCUGCUAGAGCUAGGGGCUUGA